AUGUCACAGCCGCCUGAAGACUCGGUGAACAAUGCAGAGAGGAGGCAAAAUGGAACCAUUCUAGCUCCAUCAACCCUGUGGACUCCUUCAGUUAGUCAGUCCGAACAAAAUCUCACCAACCACCUACAUCCCUACUAUGAAGCUUCAGAACCGAUUCCACCAAUUACGAUUGAUUAUUCGGGAAAUCAAUACCCUAUGCCACCACCGUUAAUUUCGCCACCAACUUCUGUCGAGGACUAUCAGAGGAAGAAGCUGUCGCAUCCAUUUUCCUUACCUUCGCACCUACCACCGUUGGAUCCGAUGCGGUACCUUCCUCCACCACCACCCCUACCACCUCCCACCCAUGGCCUCUCCGACUGUCCCAGUCCACGAGGAUUCCUGAACAUCCCGAAUCCACCAGAUCUAAAUCUGGGUAGUCUUCCCUACUCCCAACCGCUACUUCCUCCUCAAACUGCACGGAGCAAUGGAAAUGACCACAGUGAUGAAGGGGAUUGCACAGUGGAUGGUGAUAGCAAUUCGGGUGUAAUAGUUAAAUCCACAGGCUGUCGUCUUGUAAUAGAUGGAAAGUCACGGAAGAAAAGAAAGCCCUAUUCCAGGUUCCAAACCAUGAUUCUGGAGAAUGAAUUUCUCGGGAACGCUUACAUUACGAGGCAAAAGCGGUGGGAGAUAUCUUGCAAGCUGAACCUCACUGAACGACAGGUGAAGGUAUGGUUUCAAAACCGCCGUAUGAAGAAGAAGAAAAUCCAGUCUAGAGCUUCCGGCUCUUCUACUACAGGCACAACAGCGGAGAACAGCAAAUCCCCCCAUGCCGAAGACAGUGACGACGAGAGCGAGUGCGCUGAUCACUCAACUCACCAAGUGCUACCCCCACGACUAUCCCUUGAAUCUCCUCUUUCUCCAUCUGAACAGCCAGUCUCCAUCAGCUAUCCUCAUCCCGUUCCUCCCCUACUGCCUCCUCCUCUUCCGCCUGCUUCACAACCGAAACAAGACGGAUUCUACUUACCCAGCGGAUACUUGCCGUGUCCUCCACCUAUUCCAUCUACUUCCUCCUCCACCUCGUUUGGAGCUCUGCGUGAUAUAAGUGCCGGCUAUCCGUCGUCUACGUCUGAGCUGUAUUCCAUGCCUCCGAACCAAUUCCUGGCUUCACAAAAUAAUUGGUUUAAUUCAGAGGCGAAUGCAAGUAGUGAGAACAGCAGCCCCUCGAUGGCGGGUCUAUUGGGCAGCACUAAUGAUCCCGGUAGUUGCUUAUCGCAACUCGGUAGUCCACCAAAACAGACGAACGGAUUGGGGCGGUAUGCUACAGUUGUAACUAAUCUGCUCGAUAACACUGCUGACCAUGCACGAAUGGGUGAGUACCAGACAAACUCGCUCAGUACGUAUCUAUCGCAGGCCGCCUAUACACAAACUACGAUGGCUUUCUAUGAGUCUGGUCAGACAGGAGGUGGAGAAGUGAAUGGCGGCGGCGGCGGCAGCAGUUACCACCAUUUCCAGAGUGGGUUGUCAAUGAUGGGAGGGGAUGGCGAUGCACCAUCGUUUGAUUACGAUGGCUACUCUUCUGCACUCGCACCACCGAUGCAGACAGGCGUUCGAACCAGUGGAGUAUGA